AUGCACACUACUACACAAAGUAACGUGAAUUGGGUGGUGUUCGGGAGGUCCAAGGGUAAAGACUCCACUUCUUGUUCAGGGUAUGAAGAUGGAAACACAAUUUUGAGAAAAGUAUCUUCAGCCGCUGACUUCAUUUGCUCUGAGGAUCCUCUAAAUAUUCUUGGAUCUGUUACUUCCAUAACAUUUGAUGAUGUUAUAAUUCUAUGUGAUGAUCUGCGUGUUUUGGGGAAGCAAGAUUUCAGGCAUCUUUUGAAGUGGCUGGUGCAGAUAAGAAGGGCCUUAUCUCUUUCCGAGAAAGCUGAUGUUACUACUGCCCCAGAUGUUGAAAAGGGGAAUAAGGAGGAUGAUGAUGACAGAAUACUGAAUGAAAUGGAAGAGAUUACAUACACUAUGGAGCGCAAGAAGAAACGGGAAAAAAAGCUUCAAGCAAAGAAACGUGCUCAGGUGUCACUACUUCUGAGAGAGAGUUUCAUCGACUCAUUUCCUAGUCGUGAUCGACCCUUUAUGAAGCUUUUCAUGGACACCCAACUCUUUUCUGUACAUACGGACCUUGUUCUCUCUUUCUUUCAAAAGGAAUAGUACUGCCCUGCAAUGAAAGUGAGAAAGUACAGUUUGGUCUGCUAACCAGUGGUUGGGGAUAUUUGGAGGCAUGCAAGUAGGUUCUCUGGUACAAAGAGAAAAGUGGGAAAGAAGAGGCAAAGAAGAUAUGGAUGUGGUUAGAAAUGAGUGGACAAAGUUUGUGGUCAAGACAUAUAUGUAAGCAUUGUACUUGGUACUUGGGUACCCAUAUCUUUUUUUAGUUCAGUUGAGACUUUGUUCUUUAGAUUUGGUUGGACAUGAGUUGAUGCUAGUACUUUGAAUUAAUAAUGUAAGAUUUGUGAGAGUGAUGUAUGAGAAUGUGGUAAAUGAAAUUGGAACUUCGAAUUUCAUAUCAGUCUAUUUCCAUAUCAAU